AUGCAAAUUUUGGCGCGAAUCCAACCAAAGUACGCAGUCAAUUUCAAAUUUUCGCAGAAAAAUUACAAAAAGACAAAGAGUGUCAUGAAUAUUAACAAGAAGAGAAGCGGUAAAAAAGUGCAAUCACAAUAUUGCGAUCAAAAUAUGAUGAUGGCUGGAGGAGUUGGGCUCAAUGAGCAACAAAGCAAAGAACUUCAUCAUCAACAAAAUUCGGAUAAACAUGAAUUGGAAAUUGGAGGAACAGGAGGUGGAGGGAAAAAUGAGGAGGAAAUGAAGACAAUGAUUGAAAUAAGUGAUGAAGGAGUAUGUAAGGCGAAUAAAGAGGAUUUGGCAUAUAUUCAGAAUACUUUGAGGUUUUAUCCGUGGUAUCAUGGAAUGGUUUUGAAAUCACAUGUUGCUGAUGUUUUGAAGGUUAGAACUUCCAAAUUCAGAAUGUGGAAAAUAGGUUCAGAAACAAAAUUCUGAACCUCCAACCUUCGAAUUCUGAACUUUCAGAAUCGGUGUGAUAGAAGCUUCAGAGUUUUAUUGAGCUUCAGAUUAAUCAAAAGUCUAGAUCUAAGAUCCUGAAGUUUCGGACGAUUAGAACUUUCAAAUUCAAGAUUCCGAAUGUGGAAAAUAAGUUCAGAAACUUCUGAUUGAAUUCAAAAUUCUACAAGAAUUGAAUUCGGAGCCUGAUCUUCCAAACUACAAGUUUCUGAAGUUUCAAAAUCCAACACAAAAUCUGAUAGAACCGGAUUUAGGUGAUACUACAGCUUCAGAGUUCUAUUGAAUUCUGAUGAAUCCAAAUUUCAGAUCUAAUCUGAGAUCCUGACCAUGUUUCGCACGAUUAGAACUUCCAAAUUCAAAAUUCCGAAUUCAAAAAAUAAGUUCAGAAACUUCUGAAUUGAUUUCAAAUUCUCUUUGAAUUCAGAACCUGAUCUUCCAAGCUUCUGAACCUCAAAGUUCAAUAGAACUCUGAAGUUCAGAGUUCUAUUGAACUUCAGCUUCAGAGUUCUAUUGAACUUCAGAUUAAUCGAAAGUCUAGAUCUAAUGUAAGAUCCUGACCAUGUUUCGGACGAUUAGAACUUCCAAAUUCAAAAUUCAGAAUUCCGAAAACAAGUUCAAAAACUUCUUUUUGGAUUCAAAAUUCUACAAGAAUUGAAUUCGGAGCCUAAUCUUCCAAACUCCGAAUUCUGAACUUUCAGAAUCGAUAGGACGAAAUUUAGCUUCAGAGUUCUAGUGGAACUUCAGAUUAAUCGAAAGUCUAGAUCUAAUGUAAGAUCCUGACCAUGUUUCGGACGAUUUGAACUUCCAAAUUCAAAAUUCCGAAUUUAGAAAAUGAGUUCAGAAACUUCUGGAUUAAUUUCAAAUUCUCUUUGAAUUCAGAACCUGAUCUUCCAAGCUUCUGAACCUCAAAGUUCAAUAGAACUCUGAAGUUCAGAGUUCUAGUGGAAUUUGAGAUUAAUCGAAUGUCUAGAUCUAAUGUAAGAUCCUGACCAUGUUUAGACUAGAAAAAUUCGUACAAAAAAGUUCAGAAACUUCUUCGGAACCUGAUUCUUCCAGUGGGAUCUGUCAUUCGUAGUUCGUCGAAGUGGCGAAGGUGGUCAAGGCGAAGAGUUCUUCUGUCUCUCGGUUCGCAUCAACAAUCGCAUCUAUCACUACGCAUUUCGAAAUGAGGACGGCGGAUGGACCUGUCCAAAACUUCCACUACCAAAUAACGAAGUUCCGCAAAAAUUCGCACAUAUUCAUUUGCUAUUGGAAGAUUGGAGUAAUAAAGUGGACGGAGUUGUGGUAAGUCACCUAGAUGUUCUUAACAGAAUCCAAUUCUACAAAAUUUGCAGCCAGUCCCCCGAAAAAACCUGAUAAUCUACCACGACGACAUUACAAUGACGAAAAAAUUGGGCGAAGGAGCAUUCGGUGAAGUGUGGAAGGGAACUUUGAAGAUCGAUGGGAUUCUCAAGGAUUGUGCCGUCAAGAAGAUCAAGGGACAAGUCAAGAGAGCCGAGACUGAUGCGUUUUUUCAUGAGGCAAAGAUUAUGUCGAAGUUUGAUCAUGAAUGUAUUGUCAAGUAUUAUGGGCAGUGUACGUUGAUUUCGCCGUUGAUGGCUGUUAUGGAAUUGGCUUCCGGUGGAACUGUUCGGGUUAGUGAGCUUUCAGAAUUGUCUUGCGGAAGCUUGCGGAAAAAAAAUGCCAAAGUGACGUGGCAAUGUCGAAAUUCUGGUCAAAAUCCGGGCCAAAGCAAAAAGACUUAUUAAGGCCCCAAAUUAAAUGGCCCGGCAACGGAGAUUAUUAUCCGAAUUCAGGCUGGCCUUAUUUCGGGCCCUAUUCAAGUCUUUAGAAUCGGCCUGAGUGAAGCCUAGAUUUUUGAGAGAAGGACUGAAUUCAAGCUCUGGAUUUAGAGCCUCAAAUCAGAGCCUUAUGGUUUUUAUUAGAAUCAUAUUUAGGGCCUUAAGGCCAUAAAGCCUUAAGGCCAUUAAGGCUAUAUGUGGCCGAACUAUUUUGGUGGGCGAAAAGUGUCGGGAAUUCGGCCAAAGCAACAAAAUCGCUCCAACAAUAAGACUUUGUUGCUUUGGCCGAAUUCCCGACACUUUUCGGCCACCAAAAUAGUUCGGCCACAUAAGGCCGUGAUUUUAGGCUCUAAAUUCAGAGCCUAAAUUCAGUCCUUCUCUCAAAAAUCUAGGCUUCACUCAGGCUGAUUCUAAAGACUUGAAUAGGGCCCGAAAUAAGGCCUAAGUAAGGCUCCGAACUAAGGCCAGCCUGAAUUUGGAUCUUUUAUCUCACGUCAAAAAUCUAGACUUCACUAAGGCUGAUUCUAAGGACUUGAAUAGGGGCCUUAAGGUCCUAAAUUUUAAGCCUGAUAAUUUAGAAAAAAUUUGGCUAUAGGUCUUGAUAGACAGCAAGAAUUCUUCCCAAACUUCCAGGGACUUCUCCGCAGCAAAAAAACCACGCCAAUCGAAAACCUGGUCCAUUUCACAGUGUGCAUCGCUCGCGGAAUGGAACACAUUUCAUCAAAACGCGUGAUUCAUCGCGAUCUCGCCGCUCGAAAUUGUCUAAUCGGCGACAAUCUAAUGGGUGAAAAUAUCGGAUUUCGGAUUGUCGGUGGUGGGCGAAGAGGUCAAGAUCAAAUCAUUGAAGCAGGCACCGAUUAGAUGGUUGGCACCCGAAACGCUGACCAAAGGGAUUUUCAAUGAGAAGACUGAUGUUUGGUCGUAUGGUGUUGUGAUUUGGGAGAUUUUCACGGCAUGUGCACAUCAUCCGUUGUAUCCCAAGAGUAUUAAAGAUGCACAAGUUGAUAUUAAAGGUGGGUUUCAGGCCUGAAGCCUAGGAAAAGCCUAGAUUUCAGGCCUGAAGCCUAGGAAAAGCCUAGAUUUCAGGCCUGAAACCGGAAGGUGUAUAAUUUGGGCCCGAGAAGCCUGAGUCCAGAACGAAAAAAUGUUUUUUUUACCAUCGAAAAAUUAGUUUUUCGAGUUUUUCAGCCAAAAAUGAUGACAAAUCGAUAUUUUUCAAGCUUCUGGAGUGAUUUCUGAUCAAAAUUCACUUUCCAGAACUUUUUGCUGAUAUUUCGUAAAAUGAAAAAUUGUUAAAUUUUGAUGAAUUUCGAGAAAAGCUUAUUUUCAUCAGAAAUUACUCCAGAAGCUUGAAGAAUAUCGAUUUUUCAUCAUUUUUGGCUGAAAAACUUGAAAAACUAAUUUUGACCUACAAUAUUUUUCGAUAUUUUUUUCGCGCCAAAACCUACAGUAAUCUUCCCUAGGCUUAUGGAAUAUCAAAAUGCUCCAAAUUUUGCUCCAAAAUAAGCAAAAUGGCAAAUUUUCAGAUGCACAUGUUUUUUUGCAGAAAUCGACAAGCCUCACAAAUUCCCCAAAGGCACCGGACCACCUAAGGAAAUCCUCUCAACAUUCGAGAGUUGCAUCAGAUCAAAACCCGAAAAUCGUCCAACCUUCCGUGCAUUACUAGUGGAAUUGGCGAAAAAUGUGGAAAAAUGGAAGAAGGGACAACAACAAUCGAAGAGAAAAGCGACGGGAAACAACACGGCAACUCAAAAAUCGGAUCGAAAAGAGAAAUCGGGAAGAAAGGAGAAGAAGACGAGUUCGGUUCAUGUGGCUCAGAGAGCAUCGAAAACAACACUUGGAGGAACUACGGAGAAAUCAAAGACGAUUUCGUUGAGAUUGGCACAAAGUAAGGAUAAAUUAUCGUUGAGAAUGACUAAUAGUAAGGAUAAAAUAUCGAAAAGAGCAUCGAAAAGAGGAAUAAAAACGCCGAGUAAAUGA